AUGAGUAGCGGAGGUAAAAUUAGCAAAAAGAGGAAUGUCGAUACAGAUAAUGCAGGACAUCAAAUUUCGUCCAAAAAUACUGAAAUUUCCGAGACCGGUGGUUCCGGAAAAAUUUCAUCUAAAAUAGAAACAGAUAGUAUAACCACUUCUUUCAGCAAUUCAGAAGAUAAGAUAAUUGAGAAGGUUAAAUCUUUACCAGAGACUAAG